AACCCUCGCUCAGAUAUUGUGCGAACGAAAUAGAGUUUGUAAAAUGGCUCCCACUCAGAAGAAUAUGGCCGCCGUUUGCUACGGGCAAAACGAUCUCCGGCUGGUGCCAAUCGCGAUGCCGGAACCUGCCUUCAACGAGGUCGUUCUGGAGGUCGAUAGCUGUGGUAUUUGUGGUACGGAUGUGCAUUUCUUGAAGGAGGGUGGCUUUGGUGACCAGAAGCUUAUCCGCCCGCUCGUAUUGGGCCACGAGUCGGCCGGUGUAGUACGCAAAGUCGGCAGCUCGGUGACGCACCUCAAGGUGGGCGAUCGUGUGGCCAUCGAACCGGCAGCAGGGUGCCGAACGUGCGAUCUGUGUAAGGCGGGCAAGUACAACGUCUGCCUGACCGGGAAACAUUGCCCGACGAAGAAUCACGAUGGCAACUGCUCGAACUUCUUUUCCCACUAUGCGGAUUGCUGCUUCAAGUUGCCUGAUCACGUUACGAUGGAGGAAGGUGCCCUGUUGGAACCGUUGGCCGUCGGAGUGUACGCCGGUCGGCAGGCAGACAUUCGGCUCGGCAGCCGAGUGGUAAUCUUUGGUGCCGGUCCGAUUGGUCUUAUUUCGUUGAUCGUGGCCAGAGCGAUGGGCGCCACCAAGACGGUUGUGUUGGAUCUGGCAAAAGCGUCGAAGCGGCUUGAGGCGGCUAAAAAACUAGGAGCGACCGCAAUCAUUCCUAUUGGCGCCGCGGACAAGGAGGAAACUAUUGUGCAGCGUAUCCAAGAAGCGUUGGGCGGACCAGCUGAUAGGGUUCUGGAGUGUACCGGAUCCCAACCGGGAAUGCGCAUUUCUAUCAAAGCGACACGUAACGCCGGCAAAGUGUGCCUAGUCGGGUUGGGUAACGAAGAAGUCCAGCUUCCUAUGGUGGAUGCGAUUUCACGCGAAAUUCAAAUCAUUACCGUUAUGCGGUACAAUCACGAUUAUCCGGCUGCACUGGAAAUUGUUUCAAGCGGAUACGUCGAUGUGAAACCAUUGGUUUCCCAUCACUUCGCUCUGGAAGACGUUAAUGAAGCAUUCCGUGUGGCAGCCUCCGGUGAAGGUUUUAAGGUGAUGGUACAUCUGACCCCAAGGGACAGCAACAACCCCAAAAAGUUUGUGAACUAAAUAUAAAUUUUCCGAUCAUAUGAUGUCUGCAAAAAUAUAA